AUGCUUCCAUACCUUCUUGGGCUCCUUGGGUUCCUGUUAGCACUCUAUUACGGCUUUCUCGCCCCUCCGCAGCAGCCAUAUGGGGUGCCCGCGGUUCCGUUCUGGGUAAGCCUGCUCCCUUUGAUCAAGGAUGUCGACCAGGAGGAAGUCUUUCUGCACUACAUCGCCCCUCUCCUUCGCGAGAAGGGGGCCGUCAAGAUCUUCUUCGCCGGCCAAUGGAACGUACUCGUGCAGCGGCCAUCGCUCGUUGCGGAGAUAUUCAAACGAGAGGACAUCUACCACAAGAGGGGCAAUCAGAAAAAGAUUCCACACAGUGUCUUGGCCGAGUUCUUAGAUUUAUCUCACGCAGGAUCAAACAUCAUCUCCGCGCGUGGCGAGGAGUGGAGGCGAUAUCGCAACGUGGUGCAACCCGGCCUAUUGCCCAGUGCGCUUGCCGUCGAACCACUGGUGGAACAUACCCAGCAGCUCUGCAAAUGGCUGCUCCACCUGCAGAAGGCGCGUGGGUCAUAUGGUGUCGUCGUGCAGGAGGUCCUGCAGCGGUACUCGAGUGCCAAUUUCCUGCAUUGCGUGCUGGGCCAGCCGGAGGUUGCGCGAACCAUGAUGGGGGACCAGCCUGCGCCGCCCCUCCACCAGCUGCAGCUUACCCUCAAACGGUAUCUGUUUCGGCCUCUGUUCAUGAGUUUCCCGGUCCUGGAUCAGUUGAGUGCGCUGAUUCCUUCUCGAAUACGGGCCCGCCAGCUGGUGCGCAGCUUCGCCGCCGCGCUGCAGUCCACGAUCCUGCGGGACGGCGCUGACAGCCAGCACCGCUUUGAAAGCAGCCUCGGCAGUCGUUUGGCGCAGGCCUGGCGCGAGGGAAAUCUGUCUGACAAGGAGUUCCGCGAUAACCUGAUGGUUCUAUAUGUGGCGGGACAGGAAAACCCGCAGUUACUGAUGAUUUCAACCCUGUACCUGCUGGCCAAGUAUCCGGAUGUCCAGUCGCGCCUCCGCGAAGAAAUCCGCUCCUCUGGCCUGACAACAAUUUCAGCAACGCAUCCAGACUGGACCCGACUGCCUUAUCUGACGGCCGUCAUACUCGAAUCCCUGCGCCUUUUCCCCCCGAUCUCACAGCUGAUCAACCGACAGGUGGCCCAACCUACCCAGCUCGGCCACGAAAUCGAGCUCCCUGAGGGCAUGUGUGUGGGGUAUCACAGCUACGCGACCAACCGCGACGAGGAGGCGUGGGGUCCCUCGGCCCACGAGUUCCAGCCGACUCGCUGGGGCUCGACCGACCAGGAAAUUUCGCGGACGUACCGUCGGGCCAAAGCGAGGGCGGAAUUUAUUUCAUUUCACGGUGGGGCGCGUGCCUGUCUCGGCGAGAAAUUCGCCAUGCUCCAGAUGCGCAUCCUGCUCGUGGGAUUGCUUCAUAGGCUGACCUGGAGAUUGGAUGAGAGCUGGGUCCCCAGGAUGGUGCCGGCGGGACCCCUACACCCUCGCGGCUUGCGGCUUGUGUUCAGUCGGUGCGACCAGGAGUGA